AUGGUUCUACGCAUCCGUCUCGCGCGCUUCGGUCGCCGUCGCAAUCCCAUAUACAAUAUUGUGGUUGCACAAGCUCGCUCGGCCCGCAACAGCAAACCGCUAGAAGUUCUCGGCACUUACGACCCUCUGCUCAAGACGACGCCGUAUGGCAGCGAUGCCCGCUUCAAAGAUGUUAAACUUGACUCAGCCCGCGCCCAGUACUGGCUCGGUGUCGGCGCCCAGCCUAGUGAUCCAGUGUGGCGUCUGCUUUCUAUGGCUGGCCUCAUGCAGCCCAAAUUCCGCCCCUCAGAUCGUGCUUAG